UAGAGAAGAAGUAGGAGAAGAAAAAGUGUGAAGAGAAAGGACAUUUACCUGAUUCAUCUGGAAAAAAUCACUCUUCACAGGCUGACAGAACACAGGUAUGGAGUGUCGAGUGUUUCUCCUCCUGCUGGUCUCAGGACUCUGUACACUGUCCUCAUGUUUCCCUCAACAAUAUCACUUUGUGAACAUGAGUAAGAACUGGACGGAAGCACAGAGUUACUGCAGAGAGAAGUACACUGACCUGGUUACCAUUGACAACCCAGAGGAAAUGAACAGAGUGAUUAACAGUGUAAACCUCACUGGUUAUACUGGACCAGCCUGGAUAGGACUGGAGAAGGGAAACUCGUGGAACUGGCAGUGGUCCCUGGAAGAGAGACGUCUCUACAGUGAUGGACAGACUGGGUUCUCAAACUGGGACAGCAGCGUAGGAGCACCUCACACUGCGGAUGGGAAUACCAACUGUGUGGGGAUGAGAGACACUGGGAAAUGGAAUGAUAUUCCCUGUGCCUCUAAAACUCCCACACUAUUCUUUGUUUGUUAUGAUGGGAGAAAACAAACCAACCAGAGCUACGUCUUCAUUAAUCAAAAUAAUACGAACUGGACGGAGGCGCAGAGAUACUGCAGAGAGAAUUAUACAGACCUGGUCAGUGUGAGGAACCAGACUGAGAAUGAUCUCAUACACAACAUGUUUACAAGUGGAACCGCGGUGUGGAUCGGUCUGUACAGAGACCACUGGCAGUGGUCAGACCAGAGAAACUCCUCAUUCCGCUACUGGGCACCAGGAAAACCUGAUAGUUAUGAUGGGAAUGAGAACUGUACUGUAGCCUCGAUCACACAGAUACUCAAUGGAACGUGGGAUGAUCGACAGUGUGGUGAAAAUCACCCGUUCCUGUGUUACGAUGGAGGAGUGAUGAACGGAACCAUCGGAGCUCCGGGUCCAGAUCAGCUGGCAGAAUCCAGCACAACUGUUCCCAGUGAUUCAACUGGAGAAGAAGAAGGAGUGAUGAACGGAACCACCGGAGCUCUGGGUCCAGAUCAGCUGGCAGAAUACAGCACAGCUGUUCCCAGUGAUUCAACUGGAGAAGAAGGAAUAAAAGAUCCCCUCAUUCUGGUCCAGGAGAAUAAGACCUGGAAUGAAGCCCUGAACUACUGCAGGAAGAAUUAUGUGGACCUGGUCUUGGUUCAGAAUAAGGAGAUCCAGCACUGGGUGGAGAACAAGGCUAAAAAUGCCACCAGUGACCAUGUAUGGUUGGGUUUGCGCUUCUCCUGCAGGUUGAAACUCUGGUUCUGGGUCACCGGAAGCAUGGCCUGCUACCAGAACUGGGUUCCGGGCAACGGGAGUGGAGCUGCACACUGUGGGAACACUGGGGCUGUCCAAUCUGGAGGAGGACAUCAGUGGGUCAGUCUGCCUGAGACUAAAGAGCUCAACUUCAUCUGCUCGAAAUAGAUGUGCAGUGAACUUCCUUUCAACAUCUGCUCUACUCACAGCCUCCUGCCAUUCAGGACCCGCUUGAGGAGCCACAGCUGUGGGCCGUUCAUCCUCUACUCUGUAGCGUCACUCAGUGACCUUUG